AUGGAAACGUCGAUAGACUUUAGUGCUCUUUAUCUAACUACUGAAAUAUCUGGACAGUUCAGGCUAAUACCAUCAAUUGCGUUUCAAAUGGAAAAAAUCCCUUUGAUGAUAUUUGCUAUGAAGAUUGUAAAACCUCAUUACUUGGGUAUAAUCAAUUGUCAACAUAAGUUGUGUUACGCUUUGGCUCCAGUGGAUAAACUGCCGGACAAAAAUAAUUUAAUAACAGCAGCGGAGAAGAUAGGAUUCAGGGGUGACUUCAACCAGUCUUAUUUGAACCAGGAAGAAAAGCCACGCGUUCUAUCACCAUUUACUGAAGAUGAUGAAGAUGAGGAUGAACAGUUGGAAAUUGAAAAUGAGGAAUAUGAAUUAAAUUUUUAA